CUCUCACAGCCAUCGUGCCUACUCCCCAAGCCGAACGGCAAGCCGCGACGCUCAAUCAUCAAAUCACGCCCCAACAUCAACAUUUCCAUCUCGUUUCUCGUCGUCAUUCGACUUGCGCGCCGUCUGGCUUCUCACAUGCUUGGUUUCACGCUCUCGCGCACCUUGCACGAGGUCGGAGGCCGCCGCGAAGGCUUCACAGCGUUGUGAGGAGUUCUGCCAAGAUACUCCCCACAACGACAUGUCGCUCGCUCCAUCGCUACAUCGGCCAUCCUCCAGAGACCGCCAACACCAUGCGCGAUUCCCCAAUCAUCCCUCUAAUGCGAUUCGCCUGCGCACUCCCAAUCCGACGCUGAGCGAUGAGGCCAUGCCCAACGGCUUCAACAGCAACAAUCCGGGGGACGGUACGGACGCCAUGGCCGAGGAGGACCCCCAGGCGGCGCUCUUCCAUGAGCAUUAUCUUCGCACCGAAGCGCGUCUUCAGGCUGUUCUAGAUGGAGGAAGCAAACACGAUUUGACAGAUGCGCUUGAAGACGUGAUGAUGGAGGCGUCCGAGGAUGCUCCGCCGGCGCAUGACGCGCUCCCGACUAUCACCCCCAAGAAACCCGCCCGAACCAUUGACGAAGAUGACUAUGGCGACGACGAUGACGAUGAAGCCGAUGAAGAAGAUGACACUCACACAUCCCCCCUAUUUGCAAAGAGUUCUUCUAAUGGAAAUGCUGCUGUCGCCCCCAUUCAGACGCCAAGCCUCCUCAUGCGAUCCUUUUCUAACAAAUCCGGCAUCGAUCGAACCAGUACCCCGACCGCAGACCAAGUCAAAUCCUCCGACGAUGUACGCAAGAAGUUACAACAGGACAAGAAAGCGGCCGAAGAUGCUGCCAAACGUAGUUUCCAAACAUUGUUCUACACGUUGGAAGAUGACCGCAAUGCGAUGUUGGAACAACAGAAAUUGGACGAAUUAGAUCGCCAAGUAGAAACAGAGAUGUCUGGACAAUCGAACAACGCGCCAACAAGUGGUACUCCCGCCGCACCUCAACAAGGGACCUUGAGCACCACCAACCUCGGGGCCUCGAGUCUCACCCUCAAACACCUCAUUGCGCGCAUAGAUGCUCAACGAGAUAAAGUACACGCUAGCGAUACACAGCUGAGAAGCCUGAUAAGCGAAGUUAGGAAGAAUCGUAGUAAAUGGGCGAAUGAAGAACGCGUUGGUCAGGAGGAAUUAUACGAAAGCAUGGAGAAGGUAUUGAUGGAGUUGAAGGCUGGAGAACACGCUCACCCCUUUUUGCAACGCGUGAACAAACGAGAAGCACCCGACUACUACACAGUCAUCAAACAGCCCAUGGACAUCGGCACCAUGAUGAAAAAGCUCAAGCAGUUACACUACAAGUCGAAGAAAGAGUUUGUGGAUGACUUGAUGUUGAUCUGGUCCAAUUGUCUGAAGUACAAUGCCGAUCCAAGUCAUUUCCUUCGCAAAAAGGCCCUUUACAUGAGAAAGGAGACCGAGAAGCUAGUACCCUUGAUACCCGAAAUCAGGAUCAGAGACCGCGCCGAAGUCGAAGCUGAGGAACGACGAAUGCGCAAUGGUGAUGCCGACGCUGAUGGUGCCGAAGACAGUGAAGACGAGCCGAUCAUGGCUUCCCGAGGCCGAAAAGCGCCAAGUAAAGGUACCAACAAAGGCGGGAAUAACUCCAGAAAAGCUCCUCCAGCAGGUCUGGAGAGCACACCCGGUCCAGAAGCCAAACCAAAUGGGCCGUCAUUGAACAGUGCAGUUUCGAAUUUCAAAAAUGAAUUCCUCCGUGCAGAUUCAGAAAUGGAAGGCAGCGUAAACGGAUUUUCGACCCCUCCUGGCACGCUCACUCCGCUUGGACCUAAUAGCAUACUACGAAACGGUGCCCAUGGCAGCCAAGCUGACGUAUCUGAGGCCGAUGGCACCGCUGCUUCUGUGAUGGGGUUGGCUCUUGAAGGCGACGAUGCCGAGCUGGAUGACCUCGAGUACAAGACAUGGAAGCAGGUGACCAAGAAAGAUCGAGCUCUUAUUGCUGCAGAGCGUAACCGAUUGUUUCGAGAUGAUCAUCUGAAUGUCGAAGAACCCGCAAUACUACGUAGUCGGGCUGGCAUGAGAAGGUGGCUGCGUCAUCGCAAGCAUGCAAUCGAGGACGAAUCUGCUGACGGUGCUACCACUGCCACUAUAGACGGCAAAGAUGGACUCCAAGCAACAGGAGGAGAGACACUCGCAGAAGGUAUCGAGGAUGAGGAAGAACGCCAAAUCCCAGAUUACUAUGAUCCCGUCUGCGCCAUUCCCGAUCUUAACGAACGCCUGCAAUGGGUCGAAGAUUCCGAAGGCCACGUCCUUCAGCAGGUGGAGGAGUACAUGAGAGUUGUUCCUAAGGGUCUCUUUGUUUCGCCGGAGAGUACACUGACCAAAAAGAUGGAAACCAACAUGCGCCAGAUGCAGGAGACUCGAAAAAUAUGUGCAAAGAUUGGCAUCGUGAAACAAAUGUCGCUCCAAUCGCAGAUGUAUCAGAACCAGUUCCAGAAGUACGAUCCUCAGCCCUUUUCAGAGGCCGACAUCGACCCAAUGGUUGUCUCUGAUGACGGUGCCAUUAUGGCUCCGUAUGUUUGCCGGGCGGCUUUGGAACGAAGCGUAGCUAAGAUCUUUUACCAUGCUGGUUUCGAAGAAUUUCAGCCUUCCGCCUUGGACUCGAUCACAGACAUAGCGAGCACCUUCUUCCAGAACCUGGCGCGGACAUUCCAGACUUAUCGUGAGCAACCUAAAUCGAAAUCCGAUAUCCCAGUCCCUACUGCGAGCGGUGGAACAACCCAAUGGACUACACGCUUCAGUCAGGAGGAGUCUGUUUUGCACGCGUUGAGUACGAAUGGAGUUGAACUUGAAAGUUUGGAAUCAUAUGCCAAAGACGAUCUCAGAAAUCUUGGGGUCAAGCUUACCAGCAUGCAUGACCGAAUGCGAACCCAUUAUGCCGAACUACUUCGUCCUGCUCUCGACGGUAGUGUUGGUGCGGAUGGUGUCGGUGCUUUCAACGAUGGUAGUGAACAGUUUGUUGGUGGUGAUUUCGCCGAAGACAUUGGAGAGGAUUUCUUCGGCUUCCGCGAACUUGGCCUGGACAAGGAAUUCGGGUUAUCAUUCAGCGUGCCAUUGCAUUUGUUGCAAAACAGAAUGCACAACAGAUUCGCUGCUCAGAACACCAGCAACGUUGCCACUACUGGUGCGCUCAUGCCAGAACCGGCAAAGUUCGAGCCUGUUACAAGCCAAUACAUCGGCAACCAAAUUGGACUUGUUCAGGAAUGGUUCUUGUCGAAGCUGCGUGACGGCAAUGAUGAUUCUCUCAUCGAGGAUGACGAUCUACCGCCGAAGCAACGAUUCCCCAAGCCGCGAUUGCCACCGACGGGUAAAAUCUCUAGCCCUCGCAAACGACCAUUGCGUGAACAACAGCAGCUUGCUCGUAAAAAACGCAAGCUCGAUGAGGAGAAUAAUGAGAAUGCCUCUAAUGAGAAUGCGUCUGGUCUGAACGGCACCUCAGUCAAGGGAAUCGGUAAGCCAAUCGGCAAAUUGAAGCUGGAGAUGCCUCAAAAGGAGAAUCAGAACGUUACAGAGCCUGAGAAGGAGGACGGCAGCGCAGUCGGCAUGAUCAGUCCCGAGAGCAUUCUAGCCGCGUAAAAGACGCCUUGAGAUAUUCGUUUCUUUCACUCUUUUAACAACUUCUAUUUGCAUCAGCUUCAUUGUAAUCUCCGUCUCUCUUCCAGAUUUACGAGAUCGGAAGUACCAUCUGGGGAAUUUUCGUCGUGUGCCGUUGUCCUUGC